GGAGCUAGUCGCGUGUUGUUCACUGCUUCAGGAGCUAGUUCUCAAUGACAGACGAUGGAGCGAGAUCACAGCUUCACAGCUGCUGACCAAAGACGAUUAUAACCAUGAACUCCGGUAUAAGCAACACUCCCGCGAACAUUAUGGAAUAUCAGAAUGGUCACAAAGAUGUUGACACAAACAGUGUGGAAGACGAACCCCUUCUCAGAGAAAACCCAAAGCGAUUUGUCAUUUUUCCUAUUCAGUAUCCCGACAUCUGGAAAAUGUACAAACAAGCUCAGGCUUCAUUUUGGACAGUUGAGGAGGUGGAUUUAUCAAAGGACUUGGUUCACUGGGACAGGCUGAAGUCAGAAGAGAAACACUUCAUAUCCCAUGUACUUGCUUUCUUUGCAGCAAGUGAUGGGAUAGUCAAUGAGAACCUGGUGCAGCGGUUCUGUCAAGAGGUACAGAUCCCAGAAGCUCGCUCCUUCUACGGCUUUCAAAUCCUCAUAGAGAAUGUGCACUCCGAAAUGUACAGCAUGCUUAUCAACACCUACAUAAGGGAUCUAAAAGAGAGGGACUAUUUGUUUAAUGCAGUUCACACCAUGCCUUGUGUAAGGCGGAAAGCAGACUGGGCCUUACAGUGGAUCACUGACACAAAAUCAACUUUUGGAGAGCGAUUAGUAGCAUUUGCAGCAGUGGAAGGCAUCUUCUUCUCUGGAUCAUUUGCUGCUAUCUACUGGUUGAAGAAAAGAGGGCUGAUGCCCGGACUCACCUACUCCAAUGAACUCAUCAGCAGAGAUGAGGGUCUGCACUGUAAUUUCGCAUGUCUGAUAUACAGCUACUUGGUGAAGAAACCGUCUGCUGACAGAGUGAAAGACAUCAUCACGAAAGCUGUGAGCAUUGAACAGGAGUUUCUCACAGAGGCCUUACCCGUCAAUUUAAUCGGGAUGAACUGCUCUCUCAUGAAGCAAUACAUUGAGUUUGUGGCUGACCGGCUGCUAACAGACCUAGGAUUGCCCAAAGUUUACAAGUCAGAAAACCCUUUCGACUUCAUGGAGUCCAUUUCAUUGGAGGGAAAAACAAAUUUCUUUGAGAAGCGAGUGGCUGAAUACCAGCGACUUGGAGUGAUGUCAAAUGUGAUGGACUGUGAAUUCACUCUUGAUGCAGAUUUCUAACGAUGAACUAGAAGAAAUAUUAUUUAUUUUUGGGACAGUUUCAUUAUGUUCUGCAGAAAAACUUUUUUUUGCUUUUAAGUCCAAGAAGAAAGUAAACAAUAAACUGUAGACUUUUUAGGUUUUGUUUUAAUUUGGUUUCUUUUUUUUUCAUUGAACAAGAGUAAAACGUUUACAAUUUCAAAGAUGUUUUAGGUCUUUUUACAUUUUACUUGAUUACUGUACCUAAGUAUUAGUUUGGGGUUUAUUUGUUAUUCAUGCAACUACAAUUUAAACUGACUACUUGUACUUUUACUUGAAAAAACAGUACUUUAUACGCCUGACAAUUCUAUUUUAACUUUUAUUACAGAAUUACUUGUUACAUUUUUUACAAUUUUACUUUCUUUUACACAGUAAUCAGGUAAGUUUUAGCUUCACUUGUAACUUUCAUCAGGGAAAUGUCUGGCUUCAAUUUUUUUAAGCCAGUUAAAUUAAUUAUUUCUGUCCAUUUUUAUACAACUGUUAGCUGUCUGUGCAAAAUAAUAGCUGAAUGCACAAGAUUGAAUGCAAAUAAAAUCAAUAAUGAGAUUUUAAAUACUGUUAAUAUUUGGUAGUCAUGAUCGCUUUGUAUUUAUUAAAUGUUACAAAUCUCCAAAAAUACUGGAUAAUGGAAAAUAGAUAAGUGGUAUUAUAAUUAUAUACGGAGUAAAAAUUUAUUAUUUUUUAAUCUAAAUAAUUACAUGAUUUGCCUAUUAAUUAAAGUAAUGAAUCACAAUCAAUCACAUACCAAUAUUUAAGAAAAUAAAUGCCCCAAAUAAACAAUAAGAAAAGCUAAAUUGUUGCAAACAAUAGAAUUGAAUAGAAAGCAUAUACAUGUGGGAUGGCAUGAGAGUGUAAAGGAUGGCGUAUCUCUUUAAGGGUUGUAUUUUUUGUUGUUCUACUGUGCUGCAUAUUAACUGAUGUUUUGUCCAUUGUGUUUUUCCCCCUUUACCAAACCUUGGUAUCUAACUAAAACUUUGUAAGAAUUCAAUAUGAUAAAACAAGAAUGUUCUCUCUUAUUUUUAAGGUUACUUCUACUUUAAUACUGGAGUACUAUUUAAAGUUGCACGUUUCUGCUUUUAAAGUAAAAUUUUCACUCAGUAUCUGUACUCGGGUAUAAUUCUGAGUUUUUACAUCUCUGUAAUUAGCCUGUAAGUUAUAGGCUACAACGAAUUUGUCUGGGUGCAAGUGGAAACCCUGCAAACAACAUACAGGGAAGAAAAGAAAUAAAUAUAUAAAUGUCUGUAAAUUUAUUAAAAAGAAAAAAAAACUGAAAUAUCACAUUUACAUACGUUUU